UCCAUACGGCUUCAGUUGUACUGCAGAAUGCUCCCCACCCUGUUUGUACACCAUGACCCUGGAUGGGCUAACAAAAUAUUCAAAUCAGUAUGACAUCAUUUUCAAAACUAUUGUGCCCUCAAAAGUCCUCACCUGUGAGGCGAAGAAUCCAUCCACUGGAGAGACCGGCUCCAUUAGCAAGACACUGCAUGUGGCAGAUGGACCUUACAAUGCCAGUAUUCAAGCACCUAAAUGGCUGGUGAAUGGAGUUAAAUCUACAUUUGUGUGCUCUGCUGUUUGCUAUCCUUCCUGUGAAUACACUUGGUACGCUGGUAACCCAGCAACAUCAUCACCACUGUCAACAAGCACCAGCAAUGAACUUCAUUACCUGACACCACAGUACCAAACAGGACUGCUGGAUGUAUUUUGUGAGGUUCAAAACACUCUUUCUCAACUUUUUGUGGAAACCAGCGUUGCUGUUUGGGUGCCACAGGGGCCUACGGACAUAUACAUGAGUGGCCCGACAUCUGCGAUGGUAGGGACCAAAGAAACCUACUACUGCUUUGCCUAUUGCACUCCCAGUUGCAACUACAUUUGGUAUUACCAAAACAAAACCUUUACUGGUGACGAAGCAAAUGUGCCCAUCCUGAACCGAAACAAGCCACUGUUUGCAAAUAUACUGGUCAUCCAAGUGGAGCAAUCCCAUAAAAAGGAGUCCUUAGUGUGCUCAGCUGUGAAUGUUCUGACCGGCAAGACUGUAAACCACACAAUGAUUAUCAAUGUGGCUGAUCCAAUCUGUGUUCUCCCCAUCACUGCAACACCACCUAUUGCAGACAGCUCCUAUUCCCUGAAGUGUGUUGGGGCACAGCAAAAUGCUUAUAUUUACUGGACCAAGAAUGGGAAAACAUUGUCCACUAGUGACACAGUCCAUCUAGCUGAUAAUAAUGUUAUCCUUACGUUUGAUCCACUCCGUGCCUCUGACACAGGCGUAUAUCAGUGUAUUGCCAAUGAGCAAGGAAAUGUCAUCCCUGGAGUUCCCUAUGAACUGAAGGUCAUCUAUGGGCCACUGAAUACCGAGAUAACUGUAUCUGGUGACAAAUUAGUGGGACAGACUACACUCCUACUCCCAGGGACUUCUGCCACAUUUUACUGCUCAGCUAAAUGCUACCCAGCAUGCACCUACGUGUGGUAUAAUUUCAAUGGUGACAUAAUCGGCAAAAAUGCCAGCUUCUCCUUCACCCCAGCAAGUGUAGCUGAUGAAGGUUUAAUUACAUGUGUGGCAUUCAAUCCAAUUACCCAAAACUAUACCACCGUAAACACAAACAUUGAAUUGAUUGGUGGCCCAAAGAAUGUCACUAUCACUGGACCAAACUCAGUACAAGUAGGGGUGAAGGCCACUUUUGAGUGUUCAGCUGUCUGUACCCCAUCUUGCGUCUACACAUGGGAGGUCUAUGGGAGAACAAUACAUGGCAGUAAGGUGGAUCUUACCAUCAGUAAAUAUGUGGCAACUGAAACCCUGCUAUGCAUAGCACAGAAUAUUAUCACUGGGAAGCUUGCAGGAGCAAAUGAAACACUUGAUGUUACAGAUACUAACUGGUGUGGAUGUUGAACACAUUGCCAGAUUGAAUGUCUUACAUACAAUAAGUGUAUGUUGAAAUACUUCUUUGAUGUCUCCUUCAGAAAAGUACAGUUAUAUACGACAAGGAAGGACAAGAUUGAAAUCACAAAACAUCAUAGUUAUUUUGCACUCUGAAAUAUGUAGCUAAAAUGCUAA